AUGUAUUACAAGAAAGGUGUGGAACCAGAAGCUCCAGCAUCGGUUCAAAAGUUGAAACAAAAUAUGACUUUAGAUUUUAAUUCUUCGGAUACAACAAAGCGAGCGAAAUUUUCAAAUUUACUCCAGUCUCCAGAUUUGAAUAUGUUGAAAUUGGCGUCGCCGGAACUUGAGAAAAUGAUUAUUCAAGCCAAUGGGAUGGUUACGACUACACCAACUCCAACUCAGUUUAUAUUUCCUAAAUUUGUGACAGAGGAACAGGAAGCCUUUUCCAGAGGAUUUGUAGUGGCAUUAGAGGAAUUAAGAGAUGAAGAC